AAUCAACAUCAUCAUAAACAGGUUUUUGAGGUGAAGGUCAGUUGCCUUCAGCAUCAAUAAUUGGUAGUCGUAUUAUCAUAAGCAAUGGAUGCACCAUUUUCCGCUAAACGAAGACGUUUUGACACAGAAAACGGGAACAAGGCACAUCACAGACAGGGCUAUGUGGAGGAGUAUCCAGACCGGGAGGGCAGCACAUCCCUCAUAUUUGCUCUGCAGGAGAAAGUGGGAGCUCUGGCAGAGGCUCUGAAGAUCUUUGAGAACCACCAUGUGAAUCUGCACCACAUAGAAUCUCGCCCCUCCAAGGAGAACCUGUCCCUGCAUGAGUUUUAUGUGUCGUGCGAUGACACCAAGGGAGGGCUGAAGGAAGCAAUUGAGGAACUCAAACUCAAAACCGACGAGCUCACAGUUUUGUCAAGAAACCCAAGUGACAAGACUGAUGAAGGAUGUUGCCUAAAUAUUGGACAUGGUAUCAAAGUUCCCUGGUUUCCGAGGAAGAUCAAUGAACUGGACAGAUUUGCUAAUCAGAUCUUGAGCUAUGGAUCAGAACUUGAUGCAAAUCAUCCGGGUUUUACAGACCCAGUGUACAGAGCAAGGAGAAAGGAGUUUGCUGAUAUAGCUUUUCAUUACAAACAUGGUACAGCAAUUCCUAGAGUUGAAUACACUGAAGAUGAGAAAAAGACUUGGGGGACAAUAUUUACGGAACUGACAAAGCUGUACAAGACUCACGCCUGUCGGGAAUUCAACCAUGUGUUCCCCAUUCUCAUUGACAACUGUGGUUACCGUGCCGACAACAUUCCACAGCUACAAGAUAUUUCCGACUUUCUUAAAGACUGCACUGGCUUCACUCUGAGACCUGUGGCAGGUUUGCUGUCAUCGCGUGACUUCCUUGCUGGCCUAGCUUUCCGUGUGUUCCACUCAACUCAGUACAUUCGACACGGCUCCAAACCCAUGUACACCCCAGAACCUGAUGUCUGCCAUGAAUUGCUGGGCCACGUUCCCUUGUUUGCUGAUCCACCUUUUGCACAGUUCUCACAGGAAAUUGGACUUGCAAGUCUUGGUGCACCAGAAGAAUACAUCCAUAAACUUGCUACUUUGUACUGGUUCACCGUGGAGUUUGGGCUGUGUCGUCAAGAGGGACAACUCAAGGCAUAUGGAGCUGGUCUUCUGUCCUCUUUUGGAGAACUUAAAUACUGCUUGACCGACAAGCCAGAGAAACUUCCGUUUGAUCCAGCGAUGACCUGUGUCAAGGAAUACCCAAUUACAUCGUACCAACCAGUCUACUAUGUGGCUAACAGUUUUGAAGAUGCUAAAGAGAAACUUGAAUUGUUUGCACAGACUAUUCCUCGCCCAUUCACUGCGUGGUACAAUGCCUACACUCAGAGUGUGGAAGUCAUCAACAGCAAGGAACAAGUCAUCAACUUGACCAAAGCCAUAAGAGGUGAUCUGGGACUGCUUGAAGAUGCCAUUUCUAAACUGAAGUAAACAGGGAAGGCAGUGAAUUAAAAUUAUAUUUGGAAAACUGACGGCAUUAAAUGAUCACUCAACUUAAGUCAUAGCAAACAGGGUUUAAAAUUACUGUUGUGUUGUAAUUUGUUGAAAGAAGAAGAUCUAGCAAUUUUUGUCUUAUGUGUUACUAUUGUCAUCUGUGGGAUUUUAUUUAGUGGUAUGCAACCCAAAAGUACUAUCUGCUUAGUAAAGGUGGCUGCUUCAACAGGUUUGAUUGUAAGUUGGCAAUUGUGUUUUUUGUACAUAUAUUUUGGCUAUGUCAAGGAUAAGGUGAUUUUCAAUCUUUAUUUUACAUUGUUAUAAUUAGGUACAUAAAAACUAGUUGGGUUAAAACAGAAGUGAGUUCAAUCUGAGUCUAUAGUCUAUAACUGAUUGUAGACUAGUAAAUAUUAUAGUCUAUGAUUGUAGACUAGUAAAUAUUAUAGUCUAUAACUGAUUGUAGACUAGUAAAUAGUAUAGUCUAUAUCUGAUUCUAGACUAGUAAAUAGUAUAGUCUAUAACUGAUUGUAGACCAGUAAAUAGUAUAGUCUAUAUCUGAUUCUAGACUAGUAAAUAGUAUAGUCUAUAACUGAUUGUAGACCAGUAAAUAGUAUAGUCUAUAUCUGAUUCUAGACUAGUAAAUAGUAUAGUCUAUAACUGAUUGUAGACUAGUAAAUAGUAUAGUCUAUAUCUGAUUCUAGACUAGUAAAUAGUAUAGUCUAUAACUGAUUGUAGACUAGUAAAUAGUAUAGUCUAUAUCUGAUUCUAGACUAGUAAAUAGUAUAGUCUAUAACUGAUUGUAGACUAGUAAAUAGUAUAGUCUAUAUCUGAUUCUAGACUAGUAAAUAGUAUAGUCUAUAACUGAUUGUAGACCAGUAAAUAGUAUAGUCUAUAUCUGAUUCUAGACUAGUAAAUAGUAUAGUCUAUAACUGAUUGUAGACUAGUAAAUAGUAUAGUCUAUAUCUGAUUCUAGACUAGUAAAUAGUAUAGUCUAUAACUGAUUGUAGACCAGUAAAUAGUAUAGUCUAUAUCUGAUUCUAGACUAGUAAAUAGUAUAGUCUAUAACUGAUUGUAGACCAGUAAAUAGUAUAGUCUAUAUCUGAUUCUAGACUAGUAAAUAGUAUAGUCUAUAACUGAUUGUAGACCAGUAAAUAGUAUAGUCUAUAUCUGAUUCUAGACUAGUAAAUAGUAUAGUCUAUAACUGAUUGUAGACUAGUAAAUAGUAUAGUCUAUAUCUGAUUCUAGACUAGUAAAUAGUAUAGUCUAUAUCUGAUUGUAGACUAGUAAAUAGUAUAGUCUAUAACUGAUUGUAGACUAGUAAAUAGUAUAGUCUAUAACUGAUUGUAGACUAGUAAAUAGUAUAGUCUAUAACUGAUUGUAGACUAGUAAAUAGUAUAGUCUAUAUCUGAUUCUAGACUAGUAAAUAGUAUAGUCUAUAACUGAUUGUAGACUAGUGGGAUCUGGUUCCAAUCGGAUGGAAGAAAGCUAUAUGUAAUUGAAAAGAAUUUUGUAACUUCACACCUCUGCCUAAGUUUAUAUUAACAAGUGUUUACAUCAAAUGCUCAUGUGUACAAUUUUAACUGAACUAGUUUUUAUCUAUACACAUAGUAUACUGAGAGGCAUAAAAACACAAUAUGUAUUCAAAAUAUUUUUUCUUAUAUCCAUUGCGUUAUUUAUGUCUCUCAGAAUACUUAUUGUUUGCCUUUUGAAUCAUAAUAUAUCAGUAUACUGGUAUACUGCACAUUCUACUUAUUUACAGUUGAUUUUAUAUUUUGACAUUGUUAGAUUCAAUAGUUUAUGGGAAAAAAUUUUUGUUAGGAUUCAUAACAUUAUUAUUUGUAGGAUGUUGAAUUUAUCACAUCAAAAACACUUUUUACACUUUACAUUUGUAAACAGGUAUGUAAGUUUUUUGUAUAUUUACCACAGCAUAAAACUUUUAUUUCCAUAGGCCUAUACUGUAUUUAAACUAACAAUGUAAACACAUAUACAAUUGAAAAUCUAGUCAGGUUAUCAUUUAAUAAAUAUUAUAGAAUUGCUUUAAAGUGAUCUAGUCAUGUAAACAUUGCAUUAAACACUUCUUUACUCUCAGGCGGUAUAAAUAUCUAGGAUUUUUUGUAUAGUAGAUAAUUAACUAUGAUAAAUCAAAUUCAGUUUAAAACAAUAGGAUUUCUUUGUUUUUUAAAUUGUAUUCAAAUGUGACAGAUUUGAUUGAAAUGCAGACUCAAAUGCAUAAUACAUGUAGUAAGGAUUACUCAGAAUGCAAUACAUUUUUUGUUUCAUUAUUUGAUAGUUAAGUAACUAUUUGGAGAGUAAUUUGACAUAAGAUUCAAAUAUGAACCAGGGCUCCAUUCUACGAAGCAAUCUUAGCACUAAGAUUACCGUAAGUGCAUAAUUACCAUAUGCAUUUAAGGUGACCUUGGCACUAAGAUUGCUUCGUGGAAUAGGCCCAGAUGUAGUGUUUGGAUUAUAUAUUCAGCAGAUUUGCUUGGACAUUCCAAACACUGUUUACACCCAACAAGUAUAAAAAAUUGUUUUCAUAUUAAUAUUUACCGUGUAUAUACUAUUAUGUUUUUCAUUUUUAAAAAAUUGUCAUUUUUGGUGACUGGUGUGCAAGUUUAAAUUUUAACUCAAUGUGGGAUUUUUAUAUACAUUUUAGCCCGGUUUCUUUUACUUAAGGACCAAGAUUGGUUACCGUUACAUAUUUUAUAACCAUUGUUCUUGUUACGGAUGUACUUAUUUUAUAAUGGCUUUUAAGUUGCAGUUAAUUAACAGGAAUAUUAACACAUAUUGCAUUUACAAAUUUAUAACAAAGCAAUAUUUUAUGCUAUUAAAAGUUAUGAAAUAUU